AUGCAAAGUAAUUACAUUAUUAAGUUGGAUAGAUUAUAAACUAAUAACUAAGAAGGGAGAAGGCACCUUUUCAGAAGUUAUAAAGGCUUAGUCUAUAAAAACAAGCCAAUUAGUUGCUAUUAAAUGCAUGAAACAAUAUUGAAUUAUUACUAAUUUUGUUGCAAAAUCAUGAUCAUAUAAUUAAAUUAAUAGAAGUGCUCUAUGAUGAACCUACUGGGAGAUUGGCUCUAGUAUUCGAAUUAAUGGAGCAAAACCUUUACGAACAUAUAAAGGGUCGAAAAUUAUAUGUAUUAAUUGCUCAAAGCAAUAGAUUUCAUGCACACAAAUAACAUUUUUCAUAGGGAUAUUAAGCCGUAAGACUAUUCUCAAAUAUCUAGUGAAAAUAUUUUACUUUUAGGAGAUCAUCUAAAAUUAGCCGACUUGGGAUCAUGCAAAGGCAUUUAUUCUAAACACCCAUACACAGAAUAUAUUUCCACAAGAUGGUACAGAUCCCCUGAAUGUUUAAUGACAGAUGGGUAUUAUGAUUGUAAGAUGGACAUUUGGGGUGCUGGAUGUGUGCUAUUUGAAAUUACUGCAUUAUUCCCUUUGUUUCCUGGAAGCAAUGAAUUAGACUAAGUUCAUCGGAUUCAUAACAUUUUAGGCACUCCCAAUCCUAAGGUGCUCGAUCGAUUCAGGAAACAUGCAUCGCAUAUGGAAAUUAAUUUCCCUUCCAAAGUAGGAACUGGCUUAGAAAAUCUCAUUCCCCAUGCUCCCAAAGAUGUAGUUGAUUUAAUUAAACAAAUGCUUAUCUAUGAUCCUGAUGAGAGAAUCAAUGCUAAAUAGGCUCUAAGACAUCCGUAUUUUAAGGAAUUAAGAGAUUUAGAAUAACAAAAACUGUUAGAAACCAGUCUAUAAUCAAUUAAAUUAUUGAAGAAAGCAGAUGAUUCCCUUAUUGAAGAAGACCAAAACACAUCUCACGUUAUGCAGAAAAAGACUCUACUCAAUCAAACCAAUAAAAUAUUACAGAACUCCUUCAAAACUAGAAACUAAUAAUUCUUAGACUCUGUCAAAUUGCCUACACUUACAAAAAAAUAAGCUGACUUGAAAAAAGCUUAUGGACCUGUCCAUUUUUAGAAUAAAGAAACAAAAAAGAAGUCUGUGUAAUAUGAAUAUGUUUUAUAUGGUAAAAAAGCCAAUUUAGGUAAUUUUUUAAAUACUAUCAGACAAAAAUGA